AUGCUCAGUAUGGAAGACAUCAUCUUCAUGAUCGUAAUAACUGGAGAAUUCAUAAUAGGAAUGUUGGGGAAUGCAUGCAUUGGACUAGUAAACUCUAUUGACUGGAUUAAGAAGAAAAAGAUCUCCUCAAUUGACUAUAUCCUCACCAGUCUAGCCAAAAUUGGUUUGCUCUGUAUAAUGAUACUAAAUGGCACCAAAAUCGUAUUCUGCCCAGAUUUUUAUAAAAAGGAUAAGCUACAAGCAGUCAUUAAUAUCUUCUGGAUACUCACCAACUACUUAAGUAUGUGGUUCACCACCUGCCUUAAUGUCUUCUAUUUACUCAAGAUAGCCAAUUUCUCCCACCCACUUUUUCUCUGGCUAAAGAGGAGAAUUGACAGAGUGAUUCACUGGAUUCUGCUGGGUUGUUUGGCUCUUUCUUCCUUAAUCAGCCUUAUACUAGCAAUGACACCAAAUUAUGAUUGUGAGUUUUGUAACAUUGCAAAACAUAAAGGAAACUGAACUGAAAUGCUCUCUGUAAGUAAAAGUCAAUACUUCAAGCCAUUGACUCUCUUUAACUUGUUGGCAAUUGUCCCAUGUACUGUGUCAUUGGUCUCAUUUUUCCUUUUAAUUAUGUCCCUAUGGAGACAUAUCAAGCAAAUGAAACUCAACGUUAUAGGCUGUGGAGACCUCAGCACAGAGGCGGGAGCCAUGAAAACUGUGACUUCAUUUCUUUUCCUCCUUUUUGUGUACUAUGGGGCUUCUCUUUUGGUAACUUUUAGCUACCUUAUGAAAGAAAGCAAGUUAGCUGUGAUGUUUGAAGAAAUUAUAGCAACACUCUAUCCUUCUGGUCAUUCACUUAUUUUGGUUAUUGGAAAUAACAAGCUGAGGCAGGCAUUUAUCAGGAUGCUGAGAUACGGAAGAACAGUCUGCAUGAUGUAA